AUGUGCGGGCGCUACGCAUUAGGCCUUCGUGCCGCAUUUGUCCGCUACCAUCUUCAACAACAGGGCAUGCCCGUUGACGAUGCCCCCGAUGACGAUGAAGCCCGCGAAACCUACAAUUUCCCUCCCGGAUCCUUUGGCCUCGUCUACCGAGCAGAUGUUCCCGACCAAGGCGUCAGAGACACUGGAGAGGCGGAAACUAGUGAUACUCCGCAAGAUGACGGUCAAGCACAGGAACAGGAACAAGAACAAGAACCGCAGGAGUCAACUGCACCCACGCCCAGUCAGCCGAAGCACUAUAAUUAUCAGCUCAAGGUCAUGAAAUGGGGCUUGAUUCCAUUCUGGACCAAACGCGCACCCGAUUACGGCUCUAUGCUGCGCACCAUCAAUUGCCGCGACGACUCUUUGUUGGAGAACCGGGGUAUGUGGAACACGAUGAAGCAGAAGAAACGCUGCCUGGUCAUGGCGCAGGGCUUUUACGAGUGGUUGAAGAAGGGACCAGGCGGAAAAGAGAGGAUACCUUAUUUCGUCAAGAGAAAAGACGGCAAUUUGAUGUGGUUCGCUGGACUGUGGGACUGCGUCAAGUACGAGGACACAGAGGAGAAGUUGUACACCUACACUAUCAUCACUACGGAUGCAAACAAGCAGUUACAGUUUCUGCAUGAUCGAAUGCCUGUCAUUCUGGAUCCGGGGACAGAAGCAGUCAAAUUGUGGCUGGAUCCGACAAGAAACAAAUGGAGCAAGGAACUCCAGGCGAUUCUGAAGCCGUAUGAGGGCGAACUGGAAUGCUACCAGGUGGACUCAGCUGUGGGAAAAGUAGGAAACAAUUCACCCAGCUUCAUUGUUCCGAUCGACAGCAAGGAGAAUAAGAAGAAUAUUGCGAAUUUCUUCAGCAACGCCAGUGCGAAGAAGCCCAAGGAUCAAGUCGAGGAGAAACCAGAAGCGACCCGAGCUGCCGUUGAAGAUACUGAGGGCGAAAACAAAGACGCACCACUGCCCGCAACAACUACACCGAUUGAAGAAAAGCAAGGGCAAAAGAGGCAGCACGAUGAUGAACCCCAGGAAAGUCCAACGAAAAAACAAGCAAAGCUCUCCUCUUCCCUUACGCAGACUUUGAAGUCUCCUCCGCCCAAGACGACUCUCAGCAAAAAGCCGAAGAGUGCGACUAGUAACAAGGACAUGACAUUGAAAACGAGCCCGGCAAAGAAAGUCGAGCCAGGAAUGCAACGAAUCACCAAUUUCUUCACCAAGUAA